CCACGAGAAACUCCGGAGACGCGACAGAAGAGAAGAGGAGAGCCGUGCGAUGAGAGCGCUGUCCUGACCCGAACCUCCGACUCACGAACUCAGACCCCGCGGGUGCAUGCGUUUCAUCCCCGGCUUUAAGAAGAGGACGCGGCGUCGUUAGAUAAAUGUAGUUUUCCCGUCUCUUUUGGCGCUCUGUCGACAGAUUUAAUAGCUUCUGUAAAGUUCUCAUCGGCACUGAGGAUGCGCUGCGGGAUGACGGACCUUUCUACGCGGAGGAGACGCGCUUUGGAUGUUUUUGCGUCUUUGUGUUUGGUUUCUUUGGCUUAUUCCUUCAACAUCGACUUACAACAUCCCUUGGUCUUCCGAGGACCAGAUGCGACGUUUUUUGGAUAUUCAGUGCUGGAGCACGUCCAUGACAGCACACGCUGGAUUGUGGUCGGGGCUCCCAGAGCAAACUCAUCGUUCAGCGGUUCGGUUCAGUCCCCCGGGGCCGUGUACAAGUGCCGGAUCCGAAACAACCCGGAGCGACGCUGCACUGAGAUGGACCUCGGCAGAGGAAAUAAGCAGAGGGAGUCCUGUGGGAGGACGUGUCAAGGAGACAGGAACGACGAGUGGAUGGGGGUCAGUCUGGCUCGACAGGACAAACCCAACGGCAAAAUUCUGGCCUGUGCUCACCGCUGGAAGAAUGUAUAUUACGAAUCGGAGUAUAUCCUCCCUCACGGAUACUGCUCCGUCAUCCCAGCCACACUGCAGGGCAAGUCCCAGCCUCUCAUACCGUGUUAUGAAGACCAUAAGAAGACCUAUGGGGAAGAACACGGCUCGUGCCAAGCCGGCAUCGCAGGAGUUUUCACUGAGGAGCUGGUCAUCAUGGGCGCGCCUGGUUCUUACUACUGGACUGGAACGGUCAAAGUGUUCAACAUGACAUCCAAUGCUCACUACAACCUAAAUCAAGACAACCUGAGGCUUCUCAGAUACAGCUACCUCGGGUAUGCUGUGACUGCCGGUCACUUCUCCUCCCUGAACACCGUCGAUGUGGCGGCUAGCGCUCCUCGAGACAGUGGUGGUGGAAAAGUUUACAUCUUCAGAAUCGAAGGGACGUCUCUCGUGAAGACUUUUGAAGCCUCAGGAAAAAUGAUGGGCUCUUACUUUGGCUCCUCAUUGUGUGCAGUUGACCUAAACGCGGACGGACUGUCGGACUUGCUGGUGGGAGCACCCAUGCACAGCGAGAUCCGGGACGAAGGCCAGGUCUCUGUUUACCUCAGCGGUGGCAACGGAGUGAUGGAGGAAGUUGCGACAUUGAACGGUGACAAUGCAUACAAUGCUCAUUUUGGAGAGUGCAUCACGUCUCUCGGGGACAUCGAUGAUGAUGGCUACCAAGAUGUAGCGAUUGGAGCCCCUAAAGAGGAUGACUAUGGAGGAGCCGUCUACAUCUACCACGGGGACGCUACAGGAAUAGUUAACAAGUACUCAAUGAGGCUGUCUGGUCGAAGCAUCAACCCCACCCUGCGAAUGUUCGGCCAGUCGAUUUCCGGCAAUGUGGACAUGGAUGGAAACGGAUAUCCAGAUGUGACGAUAGGGGCCUUCAUGGCUGACAGUGUGGUUUUGUUAAGAUCCAGGCCAGUGAUCUCCGUGGACGUCUCCAUCUUUCUGCCCGUCUCCAUAAACAUCACAGUACCUCAGUGUCACGAGGGUCCUCAGCAUCUCAACUGCUUCAACGUCACCGUCUGCAUGAGCUUUCGAGGAAAACAUGUUCCUGGCCACAUAGAGUUGCUGUACAAUCUAACUGCAGAUUCAGAUAAGAGACGCAGAGGUUUGCCGCCGCGGGUGUAUUUUGGGAACGGUGGAGAGCAGACAGUUGCUGUAAGUCAGCGCUUCGGCCUGGAGGUCAACCGAGCACAGUGUCAUCGGUACACAGCCUUCGUGAGGAAGGAAGUAAAGGAUGUGUUUGCCGCCAUCGUAUUUGAGGCAGCGUACAGUUUAGGAAAACACGUUUUGGAUGGACACCAGGAUCGUGACCUUCCCUCACUCACUCCUAUUUUACGCUGGAAAAAAGGAGAGAAGAUCGCUGCAAAGAAUGAGACGUGGUUUGAGAAGAACUGUCUGUCAGAGGACUGCGCCGCUGACCUGAGGCUUCAUGGGAAACUGCUGCUUUCUGGGCGUUACGUCAGUUCUCAUCUGGCUCUUGGUGGAGUUAGAAACGUCUCGUUAAAUUUAACCAUCUCUAAUGCUGGAGAUGACGCCUACGACACCAACAUCUACUUCAACUUCUCCAGAGAGGUUCACUACAUCAACUUCUUACAAAGAGAAGAGAAGGGCAUUUCCUGUAUGCUGGUAGAGCUGGACUUCCUCAAGUGCAGCGUUGGGUUUCCUUUCAUGAGAGCGCAAACCAAGUACCAUCUAUCGGUGCUUUUCGACACAAGUCGUCUGUCUGGUGAAAAUGAGACGCUGCUAUUUUUAGUUCACGCUAGAAGCGCCAAUCCAGAACACGAUAGCACACUUGAUGAUAACACAUUGGAGUUGUCCAUACCGCUGGUACAUGAGGUGGAUACAGCAAUCACAGGUGUGGUCAUGCCUACAUCUUUUGUGUAUGGAAACUCAGUGGACCGAUCACGCUUCCUUCAGCUGGAGGACAUGGAGUGCAGCUUUCAGCCGCUCAACUUCACCUUUCAGGUGAUAAACAAUGGGCCCAGCAGACUUCCAGGCUCCACGGUGGACAUCAGGAUACCCAACCGCCUGGCUGGUAACGGAGCAGAUAUGUUUCAUAUCAUCGACACACAAGUAUCUGAAGGUCGAGGGAACUGCACGUGGCACAAGAACCCCAAACCCUGCACAAUCCCUCAGGACAAAGAGAGCAUCUUCCACACCAUUUUUGCUUUCUUCACCAAAUCAGGCAGAAAAGUUCUGGACUGUGACCGGCCUGGCAGAGCGUGUCUUACUAUUUCCUGCAGUCUGAGCUCUCAGGCUAAAGAAGAAGCCACGAGUAUAGAUGUGCAAAUGCUACUGAACACUGAAAUACUACAGAGGGACAGCUCCUCUGUGAUCCAGUUUGUGACACGAGGUCACGUCCAGCUGGACGACAGGGCCGUGGAGGUCUCAACCGGACUUCCAGACGAGAUUUCUCUGGUGUUUGAGGCCCUUCACAGUCAGGAGCCCAGGGGUUACGUGGUGGGAUGGAUCAUCGCCAUCAGCCUCCUCGUGGGAAUCCUCAUCUUCCUGCUUCUGGCGGUGCUGCUCUGGAAGAUGGGCUUCUUCAGGAGACAUUACAGAGAGAUCAUAGAAGCCGAAAAGAACAGGAAGGACAGCGAUGAAAGCUGGGACUGGGUCCAGAAGAGCCAAUGAGAGCUUGGAUUGGGUUCAGAAAAUCCAAUAAGCUGCUAACUUCACCACGGCUCUCUCCUAAGACCCAGACCCUCCAGCCUUCCAUAUGUGGAAGAAAAGAAUAUUCUCCAGAUUUUUCGGAGGUUUGACACUUUUUGUUUGUCGUUGAUGGUGAUGUUCGAGGUGUCCGCGUGGACCUCCAUCGAUCCCCGAUGGAACCGGCCUCUUUGCCGGUGGGUCCGAAGAGACGGAAAGAGAGACUUCCUGGAAUGAAUGUGGAUAUCGUGUCAAUACUAGCAGACAAUUACAACCCUCAGGGCGCUGUUGAAAAAAAAAAUCUAUUUUUUAUAAAACGUAUUCCAUACUGUAUAGAAGAGAGCUUCAAGAGUUGUUUUUAAAGCACUGAUGACUGACGCACGCCAAAGAGUUGAUGUUAUUCCUUCACAGUGUUCUGGUGCACAUCGGUUUUCAGAUGAACCUUGAAGAUGGAUUGUACCUCUUUGUCCCCUCGAGAAGCCGACUCGCAAAGAGUGCAGAGCAAAACUUGGUGUCCUUCCUCCGGACAGCUUGCAUGUUGUUAUUGCUCGGUUCGUUAAAGGAGUAGUUCACCUCAAAAUGAAAGUUUGCUGAAAAUGCACUCAUCGCCGGGCCAUCCGAGAUGUAGAUGAGUCCGUUUCUUCGUGAGAACAGAUUUGGGGAAAUGAAGCAUGAAUGGGUGCCGUCAGAAUGAGAGUCCAGACGAAGUGCCUUGAUGCACAAAGAGUGCUGCGAAUUAUUGCGUUUUUAUCAGCUGUUUUGACUCUCAUUCUGACGGCACCCAUUCACUGCAGAGGAUCCAUUGGUGAGCAACUGAUAUGAUGCAUUUAUCCAAAUCUGUUCCCAUAGAGAAACAAACUCAUCUACAUCUUGGAUGGCCUGAUUACAUUUUCAGACUCUUCUCAUUUCAUUUCAGUCCAGUUAACAAUAUACGUUCUCGGCUUUAAUGUGUUUUGUUUAGUAUAUGUGAAAUUCACGGUUUAGAGCAUUAUUUGUACUGCACUGGAUUUUGACCCCACUGAAAGAUGCAUGUUAUUCAAAAAAAUCUUCAUAAUCUUUCACAAAAUAUAUGAACUUUUUCUGACUUUUUUUCGUAUUCCUUUCCAACCACCUGUAAAAUCGAAGCCGUUCACAAUCUAGUCAGUUUCUAGUGGAUGAAAUCAACCCCACCCUAAAAGUUCUCCUUCUUUAACUCAGAUACCAACUAACUGCUUGACCUCUGGCUGUCUAAGAUCUCAAGACAUGCAUUUUAGAUGUUAUGCAGGGGGCGCAUUCCAAGUGUAAUAUUACAAUUCUACUGAUUUCUAUUUUAAAAAAACACUUUAAUCUGCCAUAUAUUCUCCAAAACUGUCCUACGGCAUGUUCUGAAUUACUCUUCUACAGUAAACGUGACUCAAAGUACGUCGCCUGCUUUUUAAGGGUUAUGUUCACCCAAAAAUGAAUUUUGGAUGAAAUCCUAGAGCUCUCUGACUCUCCACAGACAGCAAGAGUAAAGAUCACAGUGAGGUCAUCACUAAAAUCGAAAAAUUUUAUGACAGAAUGUUCAUUUUGGGGAGGGAGCUAUCCCUUUAACAAGUCCCACGAAAGGUUUUUUUUGAAGUUAAGCCAGGUUUUAACCGUGCAGGAGUGUGUAAUGGCCUAAAAAUAGGUGGGAAUGUGCAGUACUUCAUCACUGGGCGCAAACUCACACUCGUCUGGAGCUUAUGGGAACGUUUUGGACUUCACUCAGAGUGCUGUUCGCCGUCAGACUUUACAUGAAGUCUUUCAUCCAGUGAACUUGGCGGUUUGCUUUUGCAUUUUCCUCUCAUUUUAGAGGGUCCGUUCAAAAGAGACCGUUUCUUUGACGUUUACCAACCGAUCGAUAGCUUUGCAAUUGGAUAUUAGAAGAUCGCUGGAAGAUUCUCCAAAAAAUAUAUCUCGUAUUAUCUGAUCAAUAAUCACCACUGGCAUGUCCGGCCCAACACCAGGUUCUUGUAUAGGUGUGUUUCAGAGAGACACAUACUUGACAUUGUAAGUGUGUAACCUAACUGUGAGUGUUGUUGCCAUUAUCACCUAUUUUGAGCAUUUUAGAAUAAACUACUGUCACUGAUGUUUUAUAGAUGUAUUGAGAAAUAUGUUUGUUGUACAAGCUCAAGCUGUAUAUUUAUCUACUGAAACUGCUUUUUUAAAAUUAAAAAUCACAAACAGA